GCCCCCCGUUGCAACCCUCACACGUAGGUCGGCAAGCCGGCUAGCCCACCAUUCAGACUUGGCAGGGCAUCACCACCACCACGAUAAGGCAGUGCGCUGCCUUGUGUAUUCGCCCGCCACCCUUCCACAAAUGGAAGAGGGAGAGAAAGAAGACAUGAAAAAAAUAAGACUGACAGAAAAAAAAAACCAAAAAAAAACGAACCCCACAGGAUUUACGCGGGCUCGGCGGUCCGAAAAGCGCGGGCUGGUACGGCACGGGCAUGCGGCACAGCGAUGGGGCUAUUGAUCUGGUCGGGUCGGAUUCAUGAUGACCUUUUUUUGUUGUUCGUGUUUUGCCGUGAUCAAACUAUCUGAUUGAAGCUGCCUGCCUGUGACCAGUUCGAGGCCCAGAGGGGCGUCUUGCGCGGCAAUCUUUUAACCGCGCCGCCCCCAUGUUGUGCUUCUAUUAGAGCAUCAAACCCUCAUAAUAGUCAGAUUGUGUUACCAAUGCCCUUUGGCUUUUCCUCUAAUAAUGCCAGCUUGUAUACUUUUGAUACUAACUCGCCCCAGAAAAGAAGCAGUCAAACUCAUCUAUCUUUACACCUUUGGUCAGGCAUAAAAGAAAAAGAAAAAGAAAACACCAAAACCAGAACUUGAUGUCAGCCACGCAAGGAACAUUCAGCGUGGCCGAGCUGGUUGGCAUCGUCGUAGGAACCACGGCAGCGGUGCUCAUCAUCAUAUCAGUCAUCUUGCUCUCUGUCAUCAGGCGCAGGAGACGGAGGAGGGAGACGGCAGGCCGGGACUGGGAAUAUCAACCACCACAAACGUGGGAGGAGACGUUGCCAAGGCAGAGCCAGGCAGCUCCUAUACCACAGCAGCCGGUAAUGCGACAGACGACACCUCCCAUGGACCUCUCGCCCAUAUUCUCGCCAACUUCUACACACAAUCUAGAGGAGGCACUUCUCCGCGCUGAAAGGAUCAACAGCCACACACGGCCAGAACCACAACCAUAUCAAUAUUCACAUUCACAAACGACAUCGCCCAUUCAGUAUCAUAAUCACCAUCAAUUUCCUAACCACCCUGCUCCUCCUGCGCCUGUUAUCAUUCCUCUUUACCACCGCCACCAACAACAACACAUCCGCAAAGAAGCAGACUCCAACUCCCCCCAAUCACCAACCCACUCUUCUCCCAUAUCCCCAUACUACCCAUCCCCCCAGCAGCGCUUCGCCCGCGCGGCCACCACAUCGAACCCAGCCGGCAGCAGCCGGCAGUCCUCGACGAGGAGCAGCAGCCGGCGGGACUGGCCGCUGCAGCGCCAGGACUCGUCGGCGGGCGGUUUCAGAAGGCUGUCGACGCUGAGCGGGCGCAUACGCGGCGCCCGGCACAACAACGACUCCCCGGCCGAGCUGUGGACCACGGCCAACGUGGCCGAGAUGGACGACACGCAGACGCCCAGGCCCAAGGCGCCCUCCUUCUUCGAGAGCCCCGUGCUCGGCACCCUCGGCCUGCACGUCAGCAUAGUCAAGCCCAAGCACAGCAAGGGGAGCUUGCGGACGGGUUCUGUGAGGAGCGGUGGCUGAUACUUUUUUUUGUUCUUUAUGAUUGGUAAUUUAUGAUGUUAUGAUGGUGGG